GCGGGGCUUGGCUGGCCUCCCUCUCCCCCCUCCCGUCGAAGUGGGAGCCCCUGGGGCGCUGCAGGGGAGACCCCGUUGCCCUCCAGGGGGGCAGACUUUGCUCCUCUCUCGGGCAUGGGCGUCUCGUGUGUCCUCCUCCUCACCAUCCUCGGAGCGGAAGUCACCAAGUCUUCUGAUAGUUUGGAGUCCGAGGUAGAAUGCUGCGCGGAGAGGAUGGAGGCGAAUUCCACGUGCCCCGAUGACAGCCAGUGCAGUCCAGGCUGCUACAGACAGUGGAACGAAGAUGGCGGCGGCAGCUGCGUUAAGUGCAAGAACGAGACGGAGGCGGCCGCACCGGACUACAAUCUGACCGCCUGCCAGAACGUCCCCGCCCCGCUUCCAGAUGCUGGCAGAGAAAUGAAUUCCCCAAUGAACUUAUCCACCCUCGCCCCAACACCCAGUAUAGGUGGCCCCGAAGUGGCGGCUUCUCUCAUCUUCGGGACGUUUGUCAUCAGCCUCUUCCUCAUUCUGUGCGUCGCAUCCUUCUUCUACCUCAAACGAGCCAAUAAGCUUCCAAACCUCUUCUAUCGAAGAAGCAAAGGGUCUGUAGUGGAGUCUGCUGAAUCAGCAUCCAUGUUAUCUCCACCUUCUUCAGUCCGAAAGCCCCGCUACGUCCGGAGAGAGAGAUCGCUCGUGACCUCCGCAACCAGCACGUCGAUCUCCGCUGAGACCAGGGUCAGCAACGUGUAGCGGCCGGCGUUGAACCCCCAAAGGAUUGUAAAUAACUGGCUCAGCCAAAGAAGGGCACCCUCCGUCCCUGCUGCAGUGCCACGGACACACGGGAAGUGGCUAGCCGGUGGGCAAAGUGAGCCCCAAGGAUUGGUUUUUGUGCCACCAAGCGUGGAAUGACGAAUAUGAAGGCCGAAUCUGGCUUUUAGGGGGCCGGUUCGUCCAGGCGCUGCUCUCUGGCUGCUGAGUGGAUUUUCUUCUUUUCAAUUAUUUGGACUGUAGCAGUCUGCCCAGAGACUCUGCUCCUCUUGGGACGCUGCCAGUUCGGCAUGGAGUUUCUGGCGCUCUGGCUGUGGAGGCCCUGGUGGAGCCUGAUCAGCACAGCCUGAGGCCGAUUGUCCAGCGUUCGCGUCUCAAUUUGAACACAAAGUGCCGCGUUUCGAUGCAUACGGGAAGCUUUGGGCGCCUCCCAGGGCAUGCCUUUGGGAGGAGAUCUUCUCCGAUACGGGCGAGGCUCCUUGUCCUCCCCCCGCCCCCGACCUCCAGUAGUCUUUUAUUUUUCUGCCGCUUUUAGGAGAGUUGAAAUAAGGCCUUAAAAGCUCACCACAGUGUGGUGUCACUGAGCCGUUUAAAAAAUGGCAGAAAAGACUGUUCUUGUGUCUCCUGUGGCCCCCGUUUCACUCAGGCAGCUGGCAAAGUUGCUUCUCGGUCUUUCUGCAAAGCGGGGCCAACCAUCCUCAAGUUUUAACUCCUGGCUGGGGGUGGGGGGGUGGGCUCCAUUAGCUUUGCCGUGAAUGUUUGUGAAAUUUCUGCGCGUCCCGCCCCAGAAGCGUCCCCCACAGCCAGAUUUCUUGUAGGUGAGAGCCAGUUUUUUGUCUCUGUGAAUCCGGAGGGUUUUUUUUGUCUCUGUGAAUCCAGAGGGGGAAAGAGGAGGAAUUGUCUCAGAUGCCACAGGGGGUCCAUCCCCCCCCCACUCCCUCGUCCACUUCUUCCCAAAUGGUCGCCCUGCGUCUCGGAAGGCAGACGUGCAGAAGUUGCCGAUUCAAAAAUGCUCUCUGCCGAAAACCUCUUUCUGGACCGGCUUCCUUGCGGCCGAGAGAUCAUGUCUGCCCAAACGACGGGCAUAGUAGGAUGCAGGCAACAUAAUUCAAAGGGGCUGGUUUUGAUGGACUCUCUAUUUUUGAUGACACCCCCCACCCCC